UCUUUUCUCGACAACAGCAAAAGCAUUGUCGUCGUUGAAAACUAGCAAACACUCCUCCUAACACUCAUCCUCCAGAGCAGAUUCAGCAUGGGUAUCUCCAGAGACUCGCGCCACAAGCGCUCGCACACCGGUGCCAAACGUGCUUCGUACCGCAAGAAGCGGAAAUUCGAGUUGGGACGUCAGCCCGCCAACACCCGUAUCGGAGCCAAGCGCAUCCACAGUGUUCGCACCCGGGGUGGAAACACCAAGUUCCGCGCUCUGCGUGUUGAGACUGGUAACUACUCGUGGGGUUCCGAGGGAAUCUCGCGCAAGACCAGAAUCUUGAACGUCGCCUUCCAUCCUUCCAACAACGAACUUAUCCGCACCAACACCCUCACCAAGUCGGCUAUUGUCCAGAUCGAUGCCACUCCCUUCCGUCAGUGGUACGAGGCCCAGUACGGCCAGACUCUCGGCAAGAAGAAGGGAACCAAGAAGGAGGACGAGACCGCUGUGACCAAGACCGCCAAGCAGGCCGCCCGACAGGCCAACGCUAAGGUCGCGCCCGCGCUCGAGUCGCAGUUCUCUGCCGGUCGUCUUUACGCCGCCGUCUCCUCGCGCCCUGGCCAGAGCGGUCGCUGCGACGGAUACAUCUUGGAGGGUGACGAGCUUGCUUUCUACGUCCGCAGAAUGCAGGCCAGAAAGUAAAUGUACUCUGUAUAGAUGGGUUUACUUUUUGUCAUACAAAAUAAAAUGGGAUUAUUCUAGGUUUCAUCAUGUAUCCUAUUAUUGUACAAUGAUGUGUUCGCAUGUAAUUAUCUUCAAUUAAAAGUUUCAAUGAAUGUGUAGACUUAUCCACUAGAGAUAAGUUCAAGUGCUUCUGUAGUAAACGUUCUUCUUCAUUAGUAGGAAGUCCAAUUCAGUUCUUAU